AAUGGCAUAGGAAAAAUAAUUUUAAAAACUAUUGUAGAAUAUCCAGCAUUGUGUCAGGCCAAGAGAUACUGUUACUGGUAGAUCAAAACAUGCACAUGAUUAAAACAAAUUAGUCUUCAAAACAGUCUUUGGACUUCAAUAAAAAGUGGGCAACAAAUACAAGUCUAGAAAAUUAAACAAGAAUAUAUGUCAUAAAAGAUGUUGGGAGAAUCUCUUUUUUUCACAUCACAUGACAGCACUCAUGUGGAAUAAACUGAAAAAUAGGGUGCCUAAAUCAGUCUAAAGCCCUCAGGCAAGUGGCACAUUCAUUGUCUUGUUAUGGCCAAGGCUGUAUACAUUGUUGGAUUCUGGCUAAGAUAGACACAGGCAUUCACUUGUUGACUCUGAUAAGAUUCUGUAUCUUCUAGCUGAGGAAGCUUUUGAUAGGGACACUUCUGCUUCCACUAAUGGUUGCUUUGAAAUUUAACUCCUCAGCCAGCACACUUGCAACCAGCAUGGACAAUAUCAUAUUCAGUGUUACUACGGGCAAGGAUGCUGAGGACACGGUGGAAGAUGUUGACCAGUUUCUUCACAAACUGCAAAACUCAAAGGCAGGCAAUCCUGGUUUCAUCCAUGCUUUGGUUGCAGCUUUGUCUGUCAUCAUUGUCUCAGAGCUGGGUGACAAGACAUUUUUCAUUGCAGCUAUUCUGGCCAUGCGGUAUUCACGACUCACAGUCUUAUUGGGGGCUCUUACAGCACUCUUUAUCAUGACCAUUCUGUCUGCUUUGGUUGGCUAUGCCACAACGAUCAUUCCAAGAUAUGUUACUUACUACAUUUCCUCAUUACUGUUUGCUGUGUUUGGCAUCAAGAUGCUGCGAGAAGGAUGGUACAUGUCACCGGAUGAAGGCCAGGAAGAGUAUGAAGAAGCCCAGGCUGAAGUUAAGAAGAGAGAAGAUGAGAUCCAGAAACAGAAUAUGCCAACUCAAGACAUAGAAACAGGUAUCAUCCGCACACCUGGCCAUCAGUUUUGGGCAGGAAUCCUUUCUACUGUUUUUCUGGAAUCACUGACUCUUACUUUUUUGGCUGAAUGGGGUGACCGCUCGCAAAUAGCCACCAUCAUACUUGGGGCUCGUGAAGAUGUUAUUGGAGUGAUCACCGGUGGACUUCUGGGACAUGCCCUUUGCACAGGAUUAGCUGUUGUGGGUGGCCGAUUUGUUGCUCAGCGGAUUUCCAUACGAACAGUGACUUUGAUUGGUGGAGUGGUCUUCCUUGUGUUUGCAGCAUCAGCUUUCAUCUUUGGGCCUGAAUCUUAAAAAUCUUUAACAGAAGUGCUCUGGGUAGAUGUUUGGCUUCAGAUUGCACUUUUUUAAAAGUAUUGCCUGACUUACAAGAAGAAUCUGUUACCAAAGUGUCCGCCUAUGGACGAGGUUUAAUUUUUUUCCCCAUCCCCACAUAAAAGAGAGAGUGAAUUGUAUUUGAAAGUGUUAUUGCAAAUGCAUUUGUUGUAACAUAUAGGUACAUGUGGUUAUGUUGUAUUUGUGUGUGUCAUUUGUUUUCAUAAACUGUUAAUAGUAAAGAAGGUGAAAAUAUGAGCUUUAGCAAAAUUGGAGUAAUAAAUCUUCAUAACUUAAAUGUUUCUUAUAACCAGCAGGAGCUGAAUGUACACAAAAAUCAAAGAGUGCCUGAGUCUGACUGCACCGCAUAGUCUGGUCCAAUUUGAACUUUUUCUUGCUGUGUAGAUCAUGUACAAUUCAAAAAAGACUCCUCAAGAGAUUUGUCUUAGAAGGUAUGAAAAGGGAUUAAUUUGUGCUAAGAUUUCAUAGACAAAGGCCAAUACUUUAUAAUGUAUUGAGGAAUGUUAAGUAUUUCCUGUUAUGUCUAGUCAGUGAAAAGUUGUGUCUGAUGUUCCAAACUGGUUCUUUUUGGCAAAAGCAACAACCUAAAAAUCAAAACUGUGGAUUAAUUUGCUUGUCUUCAGAAUCAUUGCUGCUGAUUAAGUUAUAAAAAAUUCCUGCUGUUAUGUAUAAGUUAUUUGUCUCUAUAGAAUUUAAAACAUGUCAAACAUUUUUCAUAUUGCCAAAGUAUCUACUUUUUGUCACCUAAAGGUGUUUUUGAUUUGAAUUUAGCUAGCCUACAUUGGUUGAGACAUAUUUUUUCCCAUCUCUUAAAAGUUGGUAAUGUCAGAGAAAAAAAAUUAUAUCAACCCUAUUUGCUUUUCUGAAUGCUUCCAUAGUAUACAGAAAUCAAGGCCUAACUUAAUAUCACUACACUUUUACAUUUUAUUUACAUGGAAAAUCUUGUAAAAAACUGACAUGCUUCUCUCAUAAAUAUUUAUGAUUGAUCUGGAAUGAAUUUAUUUAUAUGAUCCUGCAGUUUAACUAUGCUUAUGUUCUGUGUGAUUUAUGUGUGUGUGUGUUGGAGGGGGAUUGCAGGGGAGCUUUGGGGAAAGUUAAAGAAAGUUUGGGUCCUUUUUUUUAGGUGGGAGUAGAGAGGUUGUUUGUUUAGAAAGGUUUUAAUUUUGAGGCUAACAUUUUUCUCUUCAUUUGUCUUGUUUCCAGUGUUUUUCUCACCUUUUUGGAAUGGCACAAAACAGCAUUCACUUUAUUGCAAAUCGUUUUUCUUGAACAGGAAACUAUGUAUUGGUAUAUUUUUUAAUUGAAGUGGUUGUGGGAAUAUGGUUGGGUUGGUAGAAGAGUGACUGUGCACAUAUGGCACACUUCAUUUGCAAAUGACUGCUAGCACCACAGUUUUGUGGGGAGGGGGGGUUUGAUUUUUUUAAAUAUUUGUUAUAUAUACAUUCUUGUUGUACUUUUCAUGGACCAAAUAUAUAAAGAUGUCCACCAACUAAAAUCCACCAUAUUAAAAUCUAGUGCCAGUGGGUGUUAUUGUAAGAAGAGCAAAUCUACCAGUAUCUAAGUACUUUAGUGCGAGACUGUUUGGGAUGAAGGUGUGGAUAAAGAUGAAUAGAAUAACUAUUGAAUGAAGUGGACGUCAACACACUACAUCAUGGGCUACAUGACAUAGGUGCUGUGACCAAGCAGACAUUGUGUUCCCACCUUGUCCACUCUUGUGGGCAGCUGGAGUUAAAGUGUUGAUGAUGAUGUACCUUUUCAAUAAAGUACUUAAUCUAUGCAAAAUGAUCUUUAAAAUGAUUUUCCAUGACAACUAUUUACUCCAAAGUCACUGUAUUAAGAUCCUGUGACUCUCUUUUUCUUUUCCUUAUUCAUUCUUUUUUGUCCGAAUGGAUGGCACACUGUUUACCACCUGUAACAAUGGAGAAAAAGCUCUGGAAAAGGUCUCACCUAGCACAGUUGCAGAAGCCAAAGCUUUUUCAGUUAUUUAUGCUGAUAUAACAAAAAUUUUGCAUAAAUCUGUUGUUUCUGUGGUGUUUGAGUGGAAUAACUACAGUGGAGAGGGCUGAUGAUGUAGGAAUGCCGCAGAGGUACAACCUUGGGUCAGUACCACCGUACUUGUUUGGUAUUGCAUUAGAAUCUGAUGUUGUCGGCUUACAGGGUGGCAUGCUUAGAGGGGCUCUUAAAUUCAUAAAUUCCCCCUUCGGUUCCUUCUGCUUAUCUAAAUUAAGCGUCUAGCAAACACUUCUUGACUUUCUAUUGACUCACCUUCCAGACCAGGUCGAAGCUCACUUAGGUCAUUGACAGGAAAACUCCUUAUCAACCCAGUAACAAAUGGGUAUUUAAGUUAAUAGGGAAAGUUUUAAAAAAAUGUAUGGAGUUGGGUUCACUGUCUAAUGCUGAGCACUAGAUGCUGUAAACUAACAAUUACUAGUCCUUGCAGCUGUUAAGCUUUUUGAACCUUUAUCUUCUUCCUUCACUUUUUAAGUAUCCUGACAGUACUGCUCACCACAGCAAAUGCGUCUGUAUAUUACAGGCAUGUUUAUGUAUAUAGCUGUGUAACCACAAGAUUUCACAUAAAACAUUUUGUGACCUUUUUCUGUUGAAAAUGGGAAUUAUGGCACCCCAUGUCCUUCAAACCAGGCUAAUAUUUGUGUUUGAUAGCUGUAUACCAUGCUGUGCCUGUACUUACUUUACCAUGUGGCAAGAAGCCUCUAUACAGAAUCAUUACCACUUAAAAUUUGUUAUUCUAAUGGGCUAGUCUAAGUACCACCUGUUGUUGCUAAAUUUGUGACAUGUAUUAUACUUUGCAGAGCAUAGCUUACUGUAAUAAUUUUCCUUGGUCCUAAAGGGGCGGUCCAGUGGCGCAUUGGUUAGCGUUUGCCACCAAUACAGUGAAGGUUGGCUGUCCUGGGUUCAUCUUUUGUCUCUGGCACACUGUUCUUUCUCUGUAUGUGGCAUCUGUUCACAGGGCUGGCUGUCCUGCCGUGAUAUAGCCUUAGUUGCUGGCUCAUUGUAAAACACCAAUUACCCCCCUCCUUUGUGCUGAAGAUAUUCUUUUCAAAUUAAGAUUGAUUAACAGAGAAAGGAUUAAAUGUAGAGAAAAGAAAAAGAUAGCUUGAGAUAGUGCAAGAAAUGGCAGGUGAUUUCUGACUUCACCCAUGCAUUUUAGGUAUGCAUUCUUAUAUGCACUCAUGCAUAUAUUUGGGUUGAGGAUGGGGAGGGGCUUGAAGCAAUACAAGUAUCUUUUAACUUGAUCUUAGGCCAGGGUUCAGAUACUUAGAUCUGGACAUCUGAAGCAUUUGGUGAGAAAGAUCUACCAACAUCAAAGGAAAACGUAGCUUUGACAUCUGGAGGUGUUUUGGUAGACCCUCAAGUUUUGCAUUCAUUAAUUUUAAAAAUAGACAAAAGUUUAUUUGACCAAACUUUUGAAAACAAAUUUUCUAACUGUGAGCACUUUUAAGUGUAUUUUAUAACGCUGUGUAUAUUUGUAAGGGUAAAGGAUUUUAAUUUUAGUCUUGUAUACUCAUAUAGCUUGUCCUAAGUCAAGAAACUAGCUAAAUUUAUUCUUCCAUUUCUCAGGAAAAAAUGUGACUGGUUCAAUGUGUUCUUAACAAAGAAAAAAAUUUAUUUUAUAAAAAUAUUUCAUGGCAAUGAAGGUUGGGAAUGCUAAAAGUGAAAGAUGUUUUGACCCAUAAUGCAUUUUGUACAUGUGAUAGUGUAUUUUCCCAUAUUUUGUUGUAUGUUUAUUAGUUCUGUACUAAUAGCAAGUCUUUAUUUUUACAAAUAUUUGUAAUGACAUUCCUUGGGUAUAUGUCAUGUAUUUUCCUUCAUACAUAUACACAAAUACAUAAUGUCUCACUCCUUCCAACCUACCCACACACAACAAACUAUUAUUACAAACUGUCAUUGUAAAAAUGUGUUGGGGGUGGGGUGUUAAAAUAUGUGCAGCGAUAGCUUGUGAAAGAAAUUACCAAGAGUAAACAUGUCAGUCGUGAAGAGUGGGUCUCGUGACACUUUGUGCAACUGUAAAGGUGUAGCCAGUUAUAGAACUUGCAGUGCUCUUUCCAAAUUGUUUUCCUGUUUUGCUUGUGAAAUACUGAUAUUUUAGUUCCCAUUUUUGUCUUUGUAAUUGUACUGCAUCUACGUAUGUAUACACACAGGUUUAAUAUUACUUGCAUAAUUUUUGUCUCUGCAUCAAUCCUGUUGUGAUUUAUCAUUCAGCAGCAAUUAGACUCAGCACAGAAAAAAACAUUCAGAAGUACAAAGAUUUCUUUUUGCUUUUUUCAGAGAAUGUAAGAGAGAGAGAGAUUAUGCAUGCAUAUACAUUGAAGUUCUUUAAUUCAUUGAAAGCAAUUUUCUUUGUGGACUUGGCAUGUUGCUAGCUCAAAAUGAAACCGAGCAUAUUGUUGGUUGUUAGAAGAAGAAAAUUAUAUGGAGAAUGGAGAUUUCAAAACAUUUACAGAUAGUGCUUGUGGAUUUUCAUGACUGCAUUUGUGGUAGAUCUAGUUUUAUCUUGUGCUCAGAUGCAGUUUAUAUAAGCCUCCUCAUUGUAUAUUUGUGUUGUUGAGAUCUUUUGCAGACAAAGAAAAAUCUCCUUCUAGAAACUUUUCCCUUACAGAACAUGAGACACACAGCUUGAAAGGGGUGUGAAACAUACUACAGUUUAAUCUUUAGGAUAUCUUACCCUUGUUAACGAUGAAUGUGUGAGUAUAGUGUAUAUGCUGCUUAAGGUAGUAUGGGAAUAUUUAUUGAAAUAUUAGAAUUUUAACUUAAAAAUAUGUAAAUAUCUUGGUAUUUUGAAAUAUACUUUGCACCUUCAUCAUUAUAUUUUUUGAAGAUACGGAAAUUUUGCAUCAAUUUUCACAUUUCAAUAUUAUAUAUACUUGUUUAAAUAAACUUAAGUAAUGCAUUCAUUAUCUAUGACAAUAGAUGAGUAAGAAAACAGAGUUGUUGGCCGUUUCCAUAAGUAAAUUCAUAAUCAUAUGCUUGCACAUACAUUUUUUGAUGGUGGGAAUUUGAGAUUUUUAACUGGCAUGUACCCCAUAUCCAAAUCUAAAGAAGUGCUACCCUCAGAUGGCUGGCCUCAAUUUCAUCACACCCUGUGCAUGUGGAGGGUCACCUUAGUAAAUAAAAGCAAUUUUCUGACUGUUGUAUUAUGUUAUAGGGUAAUCUACUGUACUCUUUGUUAUUUAUCACUUUAAAAGACAAUAUUGCUUGAGUGUUGUCAUUAUUUCUUCUCUAAUUAAUCUCAUAUUUUUGGUCAUUACCAAAAUCAACAACCAUAUUUCUUUCUCUUUGAAAGCCCAUGGCCAUCUAUUAUCUAUUUUUGCCUUUGACAACUACUCCUAAAUAUUAAGCAACUCAGACAAAUUUCAAAUCUAUGAUACAUGUAUUUAAUAUUACAUAAAUAGAGAUUUCAUGUCAACGUGUACAUAAUUUUUCAGUUCUGCCUCUUACUCUUAAUAAGACAUGUUUGUAUAAUUAUUUGAUGGGUAAAAGUUCUUAGAUGUAGUGCACCUUCACAUGCAUAUCAAAUCCAAAUACAUGAUUUUUGAAGAUACAAAGACGUUAUGAAGGUACACCUACCACAAUGUCAACUCAUAGCCUUAAUUUCUACAUUUAUCAUGGUCUUGACUGAAGUAUUUUUCUGCCCAUCAUCCAGAGUUCAGGUUUGGGAAAAAUGAUGAAACUUUGAUGAUGCAGAAUGAUUCAAACUGUAGCAGGUCAGAGUUGGUAAAGAAAUUCUGGCAGUAUAUUGAAAUUGUGUUAAUGUAUGAUUACACGUCAUUCGUGCACCCAACCAUGCAAACACAGUCAAAUACAAAAUUGUUUAGUUUUUAUGGUCAUAGUAUUUCAGACACAAACAGUUUUGGGUUUAUGUCAGCGCUUGUUGAAUGCCCAGUUUAGACUCAAAAUGUGCUGACUUGGUGUGAGAAAGUCCUGGUCAUUUGCUGGACAUACUUGGAUGAAGUCUAGGCUUGACCAAGUGGUGGGAUUAAAUAAAAUGUUUUUACAAUGU